AUGGAGCAACAAUUGCAAGUUUGGUUGCGCAUUUGCUUAUUUUUUGGCAUCUACGUGAGCGCCACAAAGUGCAUGGACCGCGGCGAAGGCAAUGAUGUACGCGCUUACUGGCUACAACGCGGCUAUAAUUGCGUUCUGUCCGUCGGAUUUUGCGCUGUGUUCGUCUGCAGUAUCCGUUGGUUCACGUACCCAGCGGGCCUUGAGCUCAACUGGGUAGUAACAACCAUACUCUUCGUUUCACGUUUCCUUACGAACGCUUUGAUUUUAAUGGAAGCGGUGUAUAAGCAACAACAACACGCUCACUUCCUCCAGAUAUUGCAAACGCUUGAGGCGUCAUUGUGGCUGCAGUUUAAGUGGCGCGUUGAGAGCACAACGCUGCUGUGGCAAAUAAAACGUUCGUUUAAAUAUCACCUGGCAUUAUCCGCGCUCGGCAUAUUACCCUUCAUGGUGUCCACUUUCGUAUUAUUGGACUAUGGUGGUUAUUUCUGGCAAGGUCUGUGGUUCAUAUGCAGCGUACGCGUGCGCACUCUACAGCUGCUCGUCUAUCUGCGCAUUUUAAGACACUUCCUAAGUGGUUUGUGCUUACAGUUGCAACAGCUGGUGGCCUUUCGCAAAACGCCGCAGCUUCGAUUGUUGGACUUUGACUAUGGUCGGCUUGGCACACUGAGGCAUUUGCUGGCCAUCAAAGAGGCUUAUGUGCUAAUCUAUGAGGCCUUCGCGUUGCUGAAUGACUUUGCUGGUUGGUCACUCUACGGUAUUCUAAUCACGUAUAUAUUUGAUUUGAGCUCGAAUUUCUACUGGCUCCUACAAAGUUUUGACAAUUUUCGUGGCCGUCGCUACUACUUCUUGGCAGAUCUCUGGUGGUUUCUUCCCAUCACCGCAUUGGUUUUCGAUCUGUGUUAUCUGUGUGAUAAUUGCAGGCAAAUGGGUUGCAUUGUGGCGCAUUGGCUAAGCCAACUUAUAUCCUUGAGCUCGAAAAAGGUAACGCGUCCAUAUCAAUUGAUUUUGCAGCAGUUCGCCAUGCAAUUGCAGCUUCAACGUAUUGAAGUGACAGCGCAUACGUUCUGUGUUUUGGAUUUCCGCUUCAUGAUGUCGAUUUGCACCGCCAUGGCUAUGCAUUUGGUAAUACUGCUGCAGUUUUGA